AGCUAACAUAGUUGUAGGUGUUAUGUAAUUUUAGUAACAAUCAGGCGGUGGCUUUGAUUGCUGAAAAAAAGCUAGAACUGGGACAAUGUGCGUGGGAAGGACUAUAUUUACAUUUGAAUAAGGGAGUGCCUUCUCGAUAAAGUCAGCACUUUUCCUACAUCGAAGAUAUAUCGCCUAAACGUUAUGCUGUUGCGUUCUACCUAAACCUGUGAUAUUGCGGAACAUUGAGCUACAAGGAAAUCGAGACAUACAUUUCCAGUCGUGAGUCAUUGCGGGUUAGUAUGGCUCACACCGAACAUUCCCAUGGGAGUUUUUGUAAACAAUUAGAGACGUCCGCGUACUGUGUUUUCCAUGUUUAGUUCAUAGGCUCGUAACAUUGGUUGAAGAAUAAAAUAUGUGGAACGCGUUUUAAUUUAAUAGUUCGGCAUCCACUUGUCCACACAGAGACACGCAUUUUGCAAAAGUUGAAAUUCUGUUCCGGAAACCAGUCAGUCAUCACUGGAACACUAGCGGUUUUCCGGUUCAAUUGAGAAGUUUUCCUUCAACUCCAAACAUCCAAAACAGUUUACCCUGGACACGAUUGGUGAGACGUUUCAGCUCCACGAUGCUGCAGCAGAUUUUGACAGACAUGUUUAUAGACCCUGAGCUUCUGGCUGAGCUUAACGAGGACCAAAAGCAGGUGUUGUUCAUUAAGAUGCGGGAGGAACAGGUCCGGCGCUGGAAGGAGAGAGAGGCUCGACUGGAGAAAGAGGGGGCCACUCAGAAGACGGCCAAGAAAGACCCUGCGAAGAGUGUACAGUGGCUGACAGGGCUGGAUAAGGACGUGUGGGUGUGGGUGAUGGGAGACCACACUAAUGACAAGUCCUACGAGCAGAUCUGUGAUGAAAUCUUCGCCCAGAGGGCGGCCAUGCAGGCCCAGAAAGAGGCGGAAGAGCUCAGGGCGAAGAAAGAGGUGGAGCUGGUCAAAAGGUUCUCCUGUGUGUUGAUGGACCCCGAGCUGCAGUUGCGAGAAGAGGAGGAGCGUCAGGAAAGGGAGCGACAGGAGGUGGUAAAACAGGAGCAGGCUCGUCAGGCUGCAGCAGAGGAGCAGAGCCGGCUGGAGGAGGAGCUUAAGAAAAAGGAGGAGGAGGAGAGAAGGAAGGCUGAAGAUGAGGUGCGGAGGCUGGAGCAGAAGAGAAAGCAGGAGAUCUACAUGGACUUGAAGGAGAUCAAGGAGGAGAGAGAUGACCAACACUGGCAAGAUUCAUUGCGGAAGUCCAAAGCAGCUGACCUACGGCGACGGUCCAUUGCUAAGCAGACCAGAGAGGACCACCGACGCCGUUCCGUCAAGGCUCUGGAGCAGGGUCGCGUCGCUGCUGUGGCCAGGGUCUUCGGCGGGGAUGACAAGCCGGUCCCACUACCCAAACCCAGGAGCCUUACUGUGACCAGCGACACCCUGAAACGGAAGCAAGGGGUGCGACGUACAAUGUCCACCUCCGGCAGAGAGCACAUCAUUCGAUGGUUCCAGGAGGAACAGCUGCCUGUCAGGGCGGGUUUUGAAAAGGACCAGAGUCGCAUAGCCCCUUGGUUCCAUGGCAUCAUCUCACGCCAGGAAGCCGAGGACCUACUCCGUGAAGAGGCACCGGGGCACUUCUUAAUGCGUGUCAGCGAGAGAAUUCUGGGAUACGUCCUGUCGUAUCGAUCCGAAGACUCGUUCAGACACUUCCUUGUCGACGCUACGGGGGGCUGCUACAUGCUGCUGGGACAUCAGAUCAGAUUCGGCUCGCUGGCAGAGCUGGUGGAGUACCAUGAGGGGGAGCCAAUCACCAUGUCAGGAGGGGAGCUGCUUCUCCAGCCAUGUGGCCAGAGACCUGGUUCUGUGGACUAUGCAGAACUCUUCACCUGAAACCCAGCCAGGGCGGUCCCCAAUGGUCCUAAACAGCCUCCUCCAAAUCAUCUGAAGGCCAGCCAGGGCGGUCCCCAAUAGUCCUAAACGGCCUCCUCUUCUACUCUUCAUCAUGACAACUGGUCAGAAAGGACUCAAAAGGAGAAUGAUUGAGACAGUAAUUUCACCUGUCGGUAGCUUUCCAAUAGCCAAUGUUUAGUGGUCAGGGUGGGAGAGAGACAGCGAAUGAAGCUGAUUCAGAGUAUUGAGACGAUGACAGGGGACUGAUCUCUGUGGAACAACAUGUUGAGAUAGGAGACUCCCCAUGGGUUCAGUACAAUUAUAAAACCAUUGACUACUGCCAGUGGUGUGAUUUCACUUUAUAGGUUGAGAAACUGGGCCACAGGAUUAAUAUUUAAAUAAAGACACUGCAUAAAGAUUGCUAUGGGUGUGAAUGAAUCUUAGGCUUAGAGAAUCAGGGGACUGAUUUUCAGACAAUCACUUUAUUCUCACUAUAUUUCUAUCAUGUAGAAUAAAAAAUGACUAGUAGUU